UUUGCCCUUAGAUCUUUCUAUAAGUUGGUUAUGUUUUAAAUUUUUUAAAUUUUGUUGAACAUUAAUUAAUUAUUUUUAAAUAAUUUCAAAUAAAAAUUAAAAACAUUAAAAUAAGAAUGUGCGAUUCUGAUGUAUACAUUGUUUCUGCCGUGAGAACACCUAUAGGAAAUUUUAAUGGAACUUUAUCAAAAUUGAAAGCUUCUGAAUUAGGUAGUAUUGUAAUAAGAGAUGUAUUGAAACGUGGAAAUAUUGAAGCGAAAGAUGUAAAUGAAGUUAUUGUUGGUCAAUCUUUAACUGCCGGACAGGGCCAAAACCCUGCUCGACAAGCAAGUCUUGGUGCUGGUUUACCUAUUGAAGUGCCAGCGUAUACGAUAAAUAUGCUUUGUGGAUCUGGUUUAAAGUCGGUUGUACUUGGGUAUCAGUCUAUUCGAUGUGGAGAUUCAAACAUUACUGUUUGUGUAGGACAAGAAAAUAUGAGUUUAAGUCCCCAUGUAAUGCAUCUUAGAGAUGGUGUAAAAUUGGGUAAUGCAAAUUUCGUUGACACAAUGUUAAAUGAUGGGUUAACUGAUGCUAUGAAAUGUAUACAUAUGGGAAUAACUGCAGAAAACUUAGCUGAAAAAUAUAAAAUAUCUAGGCAGGAGCAGGAUGAAUAUGCUUGUAAAUCACAGCAGUUAACAGAAAAUGCCCAAAAAAAUGGUUAUUUUAAAAACGAAAUAGUGCCUGUUAUAAUAAAAAGUCGGAAAGGAGAUAUUACAUUUGCAGAUGAUGAAUUUCCAAAACAUGGCACUAAAGUUGAAAAUCUUGCAACAUUAAAACCGUGUUUCAAAAAUGAUGGAACAGUAACACCUGGAAAUGCAUCUGGCAUUAAUGAUUCUGCAGCAGCUGUUUUAUUAGUGUCUGGAAAAGAAGUUGCAAAACGUAAUUUAAAACCUUUAGCAAAAAUAAUUGCUUGGGCUCAAAGUGGUAUGGAACCGGAAAUAAUGGGUUUUGGACCAGUCAGUGCUGUAGAAUAUGUUCUUUCGAAGGCUGGCUGGGAAAAAGAUAGUGUUGACUUAUUUGAAUUAAAUGAAGCAUUUGCUGCUCAAGCUAUUGCCGUAAAUAGAGGUUUAAAUGUAGAUACCGCAAAAGUAAAUAUUUCGGGUGGUGCAAUUGCAUUAGGACAUCCAAUUGGUGCAUCGGGUAACAGGGUUCUUGUAACUUUAAUACAUGCGUUGCAGCGAACAAACGGAAAGCGUGGUAUUGCAUCUCUAUGUAUUGGAGGUGGAAUGGGAAUAGCAAUGGCAAUAGAAAUGGUUUAAUUAUUUAUAAUUAAAAGAAGUAUUUUUCGUUGUUUUUUUUCGCAGCAUUAUAUACAUAGUAUUUUCCUUUUUUAUUUGUUGAUUUUUUGUAAGUUUUUUUAUAUUAUGAAAAAAUUUCAAUUUAUAAAUUUCAAAUAUGUAAUUAUCAAUUUCAAAUAGUAUUAAAUAAUUGUAAAAAAUAAUUUGUCACCUGCUUUAGGGUGAUAAUUUUAUAUUCUUUAUAAAAUUUCAUCGUAUGCAUUCGUUUUUCAUUAUACCUACAU